AAUGGUUAUAAGCUCAAUAUUAACCUGCUCGAUAAACGAACUUAAUCUAAGAUACUCUCUUACCAAUGGCCAAGCAUUUAGAUGGAGAUCCAAUCCAGAAAAAAGUAAAUGGACUGGAGUUAUUGGAAAGCUUGUGUUUAGUCUACAACAAGAUGAUAUUGGAAAUCUUUUAUAUACAGUUCAUAAUCCUGAUAAUUUAGAUAUUAAAGAUUCGGAUCAAAUUUUGGAAGAUUAUUUUCAAUUGAAAACUAGCCUUACUGAAUUGUAUAAAGAAUGGUCUGAAAUGGACGAAGUUAUAGCAAAAGUUAUUCCGAAAUAUCCCGGUGUGAGAACUCUUAGGAUUGACCCUGUUGAAAAUUUGUUCACCUUUAUUUGUUCAUCUAAUAAUAACAUUGGAAGAAUUACCCAAAUGGUUAAUAACCUUUGUAUUAAGUUUGGUUCCAAGCUUACUACUGUAGACGAUGUAGAUUAUUUCUCUUUCCCUGAAAUAGAGAUCUUGUCUGGUAAAAAUGUGGCCAAUACAUUAAGAGAAUUGAACUUUGGUUAUAGGGCGAAGUACAUUCAAAAGGCUGCCGAAGUUUUACUAAAGGAGGGAGGAAGCGAUUGGCUUUUUGGGUUAAGAAAACAGGAAUAUAGCGAGGCAAAGUCAAAGCUACUAAAGAUUCCCGGAGUUGGCCCAAAAGUUUCAGAUUGUAUUUGCCUGAUGUCAUUGGAUAAAACGGAGUCAUUGCCAGUUGAUACUCAUGUAUUUCAGCUAGUUUCGAAGUAUUACAUUCCCAAACUAAGAAAUAAGAAAGUGAAUAUAAAUGUUGGUUUGUAUAAAGAGAUAGGCGAUCAUAUGAGGAAAACUUGGGGAAAGCAUGCCGGUUGGGCUCAAACAGUUAUGUUUACUUCAGAUUUGAAGAAUUUUCAAACAGCAGAAGAAUCAGAUGGGAAAAAAGUCACAAAAGAAGAUAAAACUGAAGAAGAGGAUGAGCCAAAAAUCAAAAAACAAAAAAGGUCAUGA